GUUACCACUAGCUGUUGUUAGUUUGAUGUUUUUAAUAUCAUUUGGUGACAUAGUCCAAUUUAAGUGGCUAUAUCGUUUGCCGGUUUGCCGUUUGUUUUUCAUCAAAACAAUAACAUAUCAUGUAUAAGCAACUUUUAACUAUGAAUCAAUCACUAUUCUGCAUUUGCGUGCCUGGAUAAACUCCUCUCCCGAUUGUAAUCUGCUUUACUUCAGAGGCACCUUGUCUCCCUGUCUGAUCGGUCAUUGGCUCCCCGGAUGGUCUCUAACAAGCCACUGGCCGAGACAGAUGUCCAUCAGAGUCUUUUUUUCUCUCUAGAGACAGAAACGCAUCCGCACUCUUGCUACUGUCAGCGGUGUUGCAGUAUUGUUAAAAGGAACUACAGUGUUACAGUGUGACCACGGGACUUUGCUCUGUAGCAACAAUGAAACAUUAUAGCAGGCCAAGUGAAGAUCGAGUCCGUGUGUAAAAUCAGAACGAGCCAUGGGGACGAACAGCGAGAGGAAAACAGUGAUGGAACCUGAAGAUGACGUUCCAGCCGCUGCUCAGUCGAGUGACGACACUGCAGUGUGUAUGGCUUCUGUGAAAGGCCUAAAGGAGAACUGGCAGAAGUGGUCCAACGAGCACCAGGAGUACCAAAGGCAAAACCCCUUCAGUCACGACACCAGGCUGAGUGUGGUGGUCCCUCAGAGGGGGCAGGAUGACUACGGGAGGCCCCUGCAGGGCUCCAUGACGGAGCAGCGGGGGAAGGAUGCUCACACACACAUCAGCAGAGAGGUUCAGGAGCUGUGUGAGGUGAUAAGGAAUAUUGGAGAGCCGAGAGUCGGAGACAGGGAUGGAAGUGGCAGCAAUGGGACAGUGAUCACUGUAGAAUUUGGGAAACUGUUUGAGCAUUAUGUGACUAUCUCUAACAAACUGGUGGGGAUUCUUCUACGAGCGAGGAAGCAGAGGCUGGUUGACUUUGAGGGGGAGAUGCUGUGGCAGGGGCAGGAUGACCAUGUAGUUAUCACUCUGUUGCAGUGAGUUAGAUGAGCAUUUAUGCCUUGAUUCAUGUUACUUGCAGUACAUGCAGUGGCAAGAAUAGAGCUACUUCAUUAUAGAACCCAUCUACCAGAGGGACUGCACAAAUUGUGCUUUAUGUAAUGGCAUGUUUAUUUACAAAAAUGAACUCCUUUCUUGCAAAAAUAACGAAAAACCUGAGCAGCCAAUAAUUCAGUCUAGUAUUGCUCAUCAGUGGCUGUCAUUAGGGUGACUUAGUAACUUCACUUGCUUUUCAAAGUGAGGAAAGUCUGAGCAGCCUUAAUAAAGUCAGAGUGGUUAAUGAGACUGAACUAAAGCCAAAGAGAACAUGAGGCUGCCUGUGACAGACAACAUGGUGAUAUAGGAUGAACUUGAUCCUGCUUGGUGUGGGUAGCUUCAGCAUGCAUUUAUUUCAAGUGUUCUUCAUAAUUUAGGAAAGCUAUUUACAGUUUCAAACUGUGAGAACCUGCACCGCACUGAGACAAUGCACUGACUGAUGAGCACCGAAAUAUCUGCUUAAAAGUAAUUGCCAUGCAAACUAAUGAUUUUUUUAAAAUCAUAAUUAAGUAGUAUAUUGGUCAGUUGCCAAGUACUGCUUAUAGUAUUGUAAUAAAGAAAGAAAGAAGUGUCCUGUCUGUUAUUGUAUUACUAUAGAUGCUGU